UCUCCACACGCAUCAUAAGACGUUGGUAGCUUUGGAAAGAUGACAUUUCUUCUGACCCCCGUUGUCACUGUCACCGUCACCUGUGGGCUGUCGCCUGUCACAUUUUUCAUAAUAAAAAUGGUUUCCUGGAGUGCUUUAGGCCGAUCUUUCGGCACAAAUCUUUUUAAGAAUAACUUAAAAACAUCGUACAUAGUGCAAAAUGUAAAUUUCUCGGUAGGCAAAAAGUUAGCGAGCGAUCAUGGCCCUAGAACCAUGGCAUUACAGCCGUCCAGGUGGCAAUGGCACAAAUUCAAGGACAUGUUCCAUUAUUACCUGAUGGUUGGGCUGAUUCCUGUCGGUGCUAUAAUUUUCUACAGUAAUGUGUUUAUUGGGCCUGCCGAGCUGACCCCUAUCCCUGACGACUAUAAUCCUAAGCACUGGGAAUACCACCGCCAUCCCAUCACCAGAUUCAUCGCCCGAUACAUUCACAACAGUCCUCAACAGGAAUAUGAGAAGUUCCUCCAUUACAUAGAUGAAGAAGCUCAAAAGCAGAAGAUAAGAGCUCUAGAGAAGCAAGUCAACAAAAAGAUGGCAGAGAGGAAUGACUACCAAGCCUACUAUUACCGACCAAUGGUCAACAAAUACCUCCGCAUCAACAAGAAAACUGGUGAUGAUAUCUUGGAACGUAUUGGUGAUGACUAUAAAGAUUAAGUUUAUUCUGUUAUACUAUUAUUAGUAAUUUAGUGAUCAAGUGUAUAGUAACAUAUUGUUAUAUGUAGAUAAGUGCAACCUUUUGAGUUUUUCUAUCUUUUGAUAUAAUUUAUUGGUUUUCUUCCAUACCAUGAUUAAAGGAUGCUUUCUGAUUUAUAGUUUUCGUUGUGAAUAAAUAAUUUGAGACUAAAUAAUA